AGACCAUCUUGGUUUCGUUUUGCGCCACUGGCUCCUCCUUAUAAUCGCCCUCCUCCCUCAUUCACUCCUCGACUCGUAGCACUAGAGAUUGAGAGAGAGAGAGAGAGAGAGAAGAGAGAAUGGGCAACAGUUUAGGUGGGAGGAAGAAGAGAGCCAAGGUGAUGAAGGUUGAUGGCACCACGUUCAAGGUGAAGCCACCGGCGCAGGCCAUGAACGUGCUGCGGGACCAUCCCGGCCACGCCCUCCUCGACGCGGAGAAGGUGCAGCGACUCGGCCUCCGGGCGCGGCCGCUGGACCCGGACGUCCCGCUUAAGCCUGGGAAGCUUUACUUCCUAGUGGAUCACCGGCAGCUGCCAGACCAGCGGGGUGCACGCCGGGCCUGGUCCGGCUCGCUCCAGGUGGGCGCUAAGGAGCGGCUGGAGAGCCUCCGGCUCUCUCACCGCUCCAUGUCGGACCUCUCCCGCGCCACCUGGCGUCCGUCCGCCCUCGAGGCCGAGGAGACCAAGGACGGGACUGUCCGCCUCAAGAUGAGGCUGCCCAAGGCCCAGGUGGAGAAGCUCAUGCAGGAGAGCAAAGACGCCGCCGAAGCCGCCGAGAAGAUCAUGCAGCUUUGCUCCCCCAAAGAUGGUGCUAACCCGUCGCCCUCGCCGGAGCCGAUUGCGCCGACUUCGAAGGCCGGACGGAAGGAUAUCAGUCACCAAAGUAACUCUGCAAGCUUUACACCAGUGUAGAAUUUUAAGCAAGUCAAUGCGGGGGGGGGCACAUGGCGACUUUCUCGGGGGUUUUCUAGUGCUUCGUUGCUGACUUACUGCCAUUCCAUAUGCCCAACGGGAGAAGCUGCAGUAGGUGGUCAGUCUGGUUUUCAAGAGAGGGAGCGCAGUCUCCAACCACAAGCAAACAUGCGAUGCGGUAAACUUCAGUAAUCACCAUCCAAGGAAAAGACACUAUGCGACCGUUCUACGUCUUAGUUCUAAGGGUGGUUGUCGCUGCAUCCAAGUCUCAGUCGAGUGCGAUUAUUUUCUCCAUUGCAUCAUAUCUCAUCAGUUGUCCUUUUGUUUGUACCAUAAGCCUCCGAUAGUUAAUUAGUGCUUGUCAGACGCUCAUUAGGAAAAUGGAGACUUGAGUGUGGCCACAUUGUCAAGCAAACAUCAGCUAAAUUGUUUGCCAGUUGACUAAUAUGUUGCCCAACGUAUCUACAUGUUAUUGCAAGCUGAGCAGAUUCACUUGAUAGGACAGGGCGAUCUUUAAUGUUACUGUCAUUAUACGCGGCUUUUCUUACCUUUGAUACGAAGUUAGAGAGUCUUGUUUACUUGUCAACGAAAGCUAUUCUGAUUCCUUCUUUGCCUUCAUUUGCUG